UCGGCAACUGCUUGGCGGUCUGGCAGAGUAUAUAUAGGCAAGUCGACGCUGGUGUCUGCACUACAUUCAUCACUACGCCCAACAACAUGAAGUUUGUUAUCCUCUCCGUCGUUGUGGCCGUGGCCAGCGCCGCCCCCCAGUACGCCGCCCCUCAGGCACCUACCCGCUAUUCAGAGUCAAGUGAAGAGGUGGCCAUUCUGAGGCACGAUUUUGUACCUGGGGACGCCGGCGCCUACAAGCUUGAUGUGGAGACUGCCAACGGCAUCGUUGUAUCCCAAGCUGGCGCUCCCAGUGGCCCAGAAGGCGCUGUGGUCAAGACCGGACAGUAUUCCUACACUGCUCCUGACGGCACUCCCGUUGUGGUGAAGUUCGUUGCCGACGAGAACGGCUACCAGCCCCAGUCUGACCUGCUGCCAGUGGCUCCUGAGUUCCCCCACCCAAUCCCUCAGUUCGUGCUGGACCAGAUCGCCUUCGCCGCUCAGGAGGACGCUGCCCGCGCCCGUGCUCCUUCUGCCAGCUAUGGCGCCCCUCAGUAAAAGUAGCAACAAGGGAAACCUGUCGAUCAGACAACCAAAUAUGAAACGUUACACGAUUUUUUCUUCUGAUCACCUAGAGUAAUUUAUUACUUAAACAAUAUUUAUGUCUUGGGUAUGUGAAUAAAACUGAUAUAGUUCUGA